UUAUCGAAUACGGUCACUCCACUGCUGCAUAACUUACUUAACAUGUUGCAAGGCUUACUACAAAGAACCUGUGUGUCGGCGCUAAACACAGCCCAAACAUUGUUUGUGCGCCAGAAACAUGCUUUUGACCGUGCCGUGCUCAAGCCCAAAGUACGCUGCCAUUUCCCGAAGCCCCGCGAAGUGAAGCGCAUUAACGUUCACGGCUGGGACACGCGGAUGUCGACCCCAGAAGGAAGGCGAGUACUGAUGCGACGUAUACUAAAGGGCAGACAUGACCUCUCCCAUUAGACUAGGCAAUAAAAUCAAGAGAAUAGCUUUAACAGUUAAUAUAUCUUAAAUUGUUUAUACAA